ACACUUCUGAGGGGCACAGGGAAGAACCAUUGCGCAUGUUUGUUAUGCUCCGCUAUCCGUUGUGGUAAUCGUCUUCCUCUGUGGGGAAACUUGGCCUGCCUAUGAAUUGGAUUUGAUUACAUUUGUGUUUCUGUCCUCGGUAUGGACUCUCAAAAAGAGGCCCUACAAAGGAUAAUCACCACAUUGGCAAAUAAAAAUGAGGAGCUCCACCAUUUCAUGGAAACAUUAAAUCACUCCCUGGCUGGUCUCCAGGUCAAUUCCAACCAAGUGGUGUCGGACCUCGAAGAGGAAUUUGACACACUAUUCGCCAUCCUGGAUGAGAUGAAAGAGAGCAUGACCAACACCAUAAAACAGGAAGCGGCCAGGAAGUCACAUGAACUCCAGAAUCAACUCUCGCAGAGCACCGGCGCCCUGGAGAGCGCCGAGGAGUUGCUGGAGUUUGCCAACAACGCCCUGCAUAUCAAAGACGAGGAGGAGUUUGCCAAGGCUGCCAAGCAGAUCAAAGAUAGGGUGACCAUGGCCCCUGCCUUCCGCCUGACCAUGAAGCCCAAGGCCACAGACAGCAUGACCCACCUGAUGGUUGACUUCUCCCAGGAGAGGCUGUUUCUCCAGGACCUCCAAUUUCUGCCCGUCCCUCGGGCUCCAGAAUUGGACGGCCAGGACUGCCAGGUGUCAGACAACACCGUCACGGUGGCCUGGAGAAUGCCGGUGGAGGACAGCAAGAUCGACCACUUCAUCCUGGAGUACCGGAAGACCAGCCACGAGGGGCUUCCCCGAGUCAAAGACGAGCACAGCUGGGAGGUGGUGGACAACAUCAAGUCCACAGAGUACACCCUGCCAGAUUUGAAGUUCGACUCCAAGUACAUGAACUUCCGGGUACGAGCUUGUAACAAGGCAGCCGCAGGGGAGUACUCUGAUCCCGUCACUUUAGAAACCAAAGCUUUCAACUUCGGUUUUGAUUCCUCCUCAUCCCACCUGAACUUGAAGGUGGAGGACGGGAGUGUGGAGUGGGACCCCCAGGGAGGGAAGGGCCUGGAGAGCAAGGUCAAGGGCAAGGAGAACAAGGGCAGUGCACAUCUUACCAAUCUGAAGAACAUGUCAAGAAGUGGAACUCCGUCUCCCAAGAGAGCGUCAGCGACCCGUUCUCCGGCCAUGAGGGGCGGCAGAGAUCGCUUCACAGGAGAGUCCUACACUGUGUUGGGUGACACCGGCAUGGAUUGCGGUCAGCACUACUGGGAAGUCAAGGCCCUCAAGGACUGCAAGUCCUAUAGCGUGGGCCUGGCGUACAGGAACCUGGGCAAGUUCGACCAGCUGGGGAAGACCAACACCACGUGGUGCCUCCAUGUGAACAAUUGGCUGCAGACCUCCUUUGCCGCCAAGCACAACAACAAGGCCAAGAGCUUGGAUGUCCCCGUUCCAGAGCGCGUAGGAGUCUACUGUGACAUGGACAGUGGACAACUCUCCUUUUACAAUGCCGAAACGAAACAGUUGGUCCACACUUUUAAGGCUAGGUUUAGUCAACCUGUUGUACCUGCCUUUAUGGUGUGGUGUGGAGGGCUGAGCCUGUCCACUGGCCUACAGGUCCCCAGUGCAAUUAAGAGCCUCCAGAAAACCGAGAAUGGUUUAGGAGGCUCAAACAGCAGCCUCAACAGCAUGCCCCAGUAGCCUACGUUCAUCGACGAACUCGCUUCCUGCUUCUCCCCCACCCCCCCGUGCAAGUACCGACCUUCGCCGGUCUGCCUACCACGACCGCGGCUCAGCGUGACGCAGGGGACACUCCACCGUGUGAGGCCACUGAACCGUGGAUCCCGAAGGAAAACGAGACUCCAGCUCUUAGAGGAACGAGCACCCCCUUUCAAUGUCAUAUCAGGAAUGCUAGUUGCUUUAUCAGGGAUAAUAUAAGUAGAUGAGUGCGCUUUUCCUUCCUUGUUUUAGUUUGAAUGCCGACUUUUGUAUCUGUCUCUGGAGUGGGUGUGUUUUGCCAUGAAACACUAUGUAAAUUACCAGCUGGCAAUUGUAUAAACGUGUGUGUGUGAGUGCGUGUGCGCGCCUUUUUAUGUAUAUUGCCGCCGUAUGUGUAUGACUAGCGUGAAUGGCUCAUACUUCCCCCUCUAAUUGAAGGAUCUUGUUCAAACGUUCUAUUUCAGUGUGCUACUGAACGUACGUUUUUGGAGCAAAACUGCAGGUUUACGCUGAAGUAGGCUUACUUAAAUAACGGGAGGACUUUUGCACAGUGUACUGUAUGAUAUCUAGUGCUGCUUUUGAUGCACCCCUUUCUUAUAGUUUUUCACAUGUUCUGCCUCUAACACUGCAUGUUAGACUAGGCUAGGACUGACGAAUCAUGUGACCCUGGAUGUCUGACCCAUUUGAUCUGUGAUUAUUCAAUAUUGUGUUAUCUUAUUCAUGUCUGCUCUUGAGGUUAUGCCCUUAAACCAUUAAUAUAUCUCAAUAUAUUAGGAACUGGUACAGCUUUACACAGCUAACUGUGGUGACAAUAAUCUGUUUGAAAGAAAUGUCAUUAAAAACCACCAAAGAUUUUCCUUUUGUUAUGAUAUAUAUUUUUAAAACAAGGGAAAUACUGUGUAUAUUCUGCCACCUGCUGUCCAGAUGAUACGUUUGCAAAAGUAUGGAAUGCAAAUGGUCAUGCUUAUUUUUCGCUUCAAGGUUUUAAUGCCUGAUUUAGUCAUACAAUUUAAUUUCAAUAGUUUUAUUUGGUAUGUCACUUCCGUAUGUUCACAAUAGUCUGUUUGUCAUUAAACUUUAGUUAAGUAAGUACCAAGCAAUACGGGUGUAUCUAAUUUACCUUAAAUGUGGGCUUAACUCUCUUUUCUUCUUUUUUCCAUUUUCUACCGUUUUCAUGCUGCUGUAACCUGUGUUGGGCCAUUAAGAAAAUGUCUAUGUCCUUUUGUCGAUAUGGGCCAAUCUCUUGUUCAUAAAUCCUUUUUUGUGAGAUUCUUCCUCUGCGUGACUUCUCAUAAUAUGAUACAUAUUGUGUAUUAUAUUAUAAACAUUAUGUUCUGACCAGUGAAAAUAAACCUGUUCAUCCA